AUGGUUUUAGCUGCAACUAUUGAUCGAGUGGCAUCAGACGCACUGGCUAAAGUUGAAGAAAAGUGUCCUGUCAUCGCCAAGCCACCUAAUGAGGUACGUUUUACUGACUCAGUAAUUUGGUGUCUUGUUGUUUGACCGCAAUUAAACUAGAGUUGCUGACACAAACUAAACAAAGUACUGCCGCGGCAUUUAUUGAAAAAAGCGCCGUCUCUGAAUAAGCGCCCCACCUUCCCGGCGAAACUGCAGAUCGUAAUGAUUUUAAGUGUUUUGUGAAACUGUGUAUGCUUAUGUGCUCGAUUGGAAGGGGCGUUUUAAUGCUGUUCCUAUCGUUUGUAUGCAAAAGAAAACAAAACAAACAAAAGAAAAAGAAAAGAAAGAUUAAGAGCUACUAUGAUAUUGGAAAAUGACCAUACAAGUCCAAAUAAUUAAAAAAUAUGAGUAAAUAUGGUAGGUUGUCAUUUUCACCCAUUUUCUCAGCGUAUUGGUCAUGUUGUUGAUUCACUAAAAAAUAUUGAGGAUUAUGGAAAUACGUGGUAGGCGUUUGGAAGCGUAAACUGUGAACCUAUCGGCAGCAUUUGUCAGUGCAAUUUCUUCCGGCUGUAGAUCUUCUUAAGGUAGGGAAACCUGUUGAAUGAACUGAGUUCGUAUUUAUUGAGAUUUACUGUGAGAUAUUCCGCACUAUAAAUUCUUGCGCGUCUUUACUUUAUGGCAUAGUAAAUUUCAAUGGCCAUUUGGACAGAGGUAAAGCUUCUAUUUCACGUUAAGCGCUUUUCUUAUGAUUUCUGUUUCUAUAAUAGUAGCCUGCGUAAGCUGACGGGACUAGCUGGCGAUGCUGUAGUUUUUUCGCUCCUCUUUCUAUUUAUGCAAACGAACAAGUGCCAAGCUUCAUAUUCGAGACCUUUAGCAUCAGAUUUUUCAUGGGAAACCGCAAACAGCAAACUGCAGUUUGCAGUUACGCGUUUGCAGUUUCAAGUUCCCGGGAUUCAAAUUUUAGCAAGGCGUUCAUUGUUUUAGUACCUCCAUGUUGUUUUUCGUCGAAGUCGAAUUCAUCGCUUUUUUCGCCCAAAAAACAUAAAGAAUUCAUUGACUCGAGAUCAAAAAUCUAACUAGCACAUCUCAGGUGGACAUAGGAAGCUAGUUCGUGCCUUUAAACGUGAGGCUGUACAAUUUUUAGUGGCAAAAGACAUUGCCGUACGUCACUUACCGCUGGAAGCCCUUCCUGCCGUUUAAACGUGAACUGCAAACGGCAAACGCGACCAAGACCGUGGUCCCAUGACAUUCUCGGGUUUGCGGUUUGCGUUUUUCCAUGAAAAACCUGAUGCUAACGGUCUCCAUUAUCAUCUACGCGCAAACAAAAUCUUUCAAAUUUUUCCCGCUAUAGAUCAAGGCCAAAGUAACCGAUACUGCCUCUGGGUACUACAACAAGUUGAAAAACCAGAGGGCCGUGAAAAUGAUGAGCGUCAAGUCUAAGACUUUGUCAACGUUUACUGAGAUCCCUGCUGAGCCGGCUUUGCCACCUUACAGUACCAAUGAGGAGGACACACAGGAAACAGAAUCAGAGGGUGAUCACCACGAGAAAGGAGCUCUUUGUAGAGUCCAGAACUUAGGGGGGAAAGUGUCUCGAAGGGGAAUGAAAAAGCUGAUGGCGAUUAUGCCAUCCAAGGUAAGCGUUGAUACAAUAUGACAUAAGGUUUCUCUAUUAAGUGUGUGCGCACACACUUUAAAGUGGAAGCUCUGUAGACAGGAGGGUCAGAACUUCAAAAAUCUAUUUGCCUACAUUUUCUAUAAAACAAAGCUGUAUCAAACGAGAGCCAGCCUCACGCAGGUUUUAUGGAUAGAUGAACGUCUUGUCAAAACCACAUGAAUAGUUCUUGUCCUGCUGAAACCUGGACCCCUCACUUUUGAAUAGCCAUUUUGUCUUUAUGGCUAUAGAGUUUUACUGUAUAUAUCUGUCUAUCGCGUCUGAUCAGCACACCAUUUUCUUUUCUUAGUUUUUAAGUCCUAAAAGUUUAAGUACAACGUUGCUUCUUCAUUAGUCAAAAGUGAGAUCACCUCGUGCGCAAGAGUCACAUGGUGUCUUGGUUCUUUAUAGUUACACCAGUAGCACUCGCUUUCGAUAUUGCGACAAAAAGUCCCCCCAUAUUCCGCAAUCCCGUCGGUAAUUAUCGACUUAUCCCGACCUUGAACAUACGGCUCUUAAAAAGGGCCUUAAAGGUCAUCUAGAUUCUCUUAUUAGUGGACCCCUGGCAGAUAGUUAGAUGGAAAAAGCUUAAUCGCCGCGUUAUGUUGAAGGAUAAAGUGGAGUCUAACUAAAACUUCUCUUCCCCAGUCUUUUAAAAAAAUGCAACUCACUUUCCUUACCGGAUCUUGGUUCUGUAAAACGACAUUUCCCGAAUGCCGUAUCGUGAAAUCCUCAAGUCCCGUGUGUCUUCGUAAUUCUGUUUUCUAAAUCUCCCACCUUCAUCCCGAAUACUGACCUUAAAAGACCUAAUGGAGACCUUUUCUAAGUGAUUAAGUACAGUCGAACGCCGCUUUACGGACACUCGCUUGAUACGGACAGCUUUUUAUUACGGACAGUUUACUUUGUCCCUGGGGAUAGUCCAUACAUUUUCUGUAAAUUAAACCCACUUAAUACGGGCACCCGUUAAUGCGGACAAUGGAAACUUGUUUCUUGGCCAAUGAACAGAUUUUCUUAGAGAACUUAGUUAGAUGCAAGUGGAACCAGCCAGAUCUACCAUAUUUGCUGGAACGCCUGGCCUUAUCCAAGUUUGAGACUCUCUGACUGGAGUCAGUGAAGACGCUUAUCACAAGUGCACCAUCAAAGUCAUGUGAAAUUGAUCCGCUCCCUACCACCAUCGCUGAAGAGUGUCUGUAUAUCAUCCAUGAUAAAUCUCUCCCUCGAACAGGGUCAGCUCUCUGAUGUGUUGAAAGGGGCGCCAGUUCAUACCUCAUCUAAGAACAUCCAAAAGCUGCAACUUAUUCAGAAUUUCGCCUGCAAAAUUAUCUGGGGCGCUCGGAAAUAUGACCACGUGACGCCAUUACUUGACGAACUCAACUGGCUUCCAGUUAGCAAGAUGCUCAAAUUCAGAGACGCUGUUAUGGCUUGUAAGUGUGCCAGCGAUUUAGCUCCUGAAUACCUAUGUGCUGAGUUUAAAAAACGAUCUUCUGUACAUAAUCGCACAACCCGUAAUAAUGAGAAGUUCGAAAUCCCAUUAUUCAGGUCAGCCACUGGCCAACGUACCUUCGCCUAUAGAGCAAUAUCCCUGUGGAACACGUUAGACGAAGACCUUAGAAACGCUACAACUGUAAAGGCCUUUAAGAAAGCCCUGAAACUUGUAAUGAAUGAAAGUUCGAAUGACAGUUAGCAUUUAACAAUUAUUAGCUUGUUAGAUAUAGCUUGCAUUUAUAUUUGUAAAUAGGUACUGAAAAACCUUUUUUUGGGAGUAUUUAUUAAAGUUUUAAUUUAAUUUUAACGAAGCUAAAGACAUCUAGUCUGGAACUUGAAAAAAAGAACUAUCGGCCCGUACGCAAUCUCCAGUUAUUGUCUAAGCUUCCGGAAAAGCAGCUGCUCAACAAACAACUUCUGACAUGAUGACAUAUGGGCUUUUCCCUUAGUCGCAAUCAGCCUGCCGGCUAUUCCACAGUACCGAGACUGCCUUAUUACGUGUUUUUAACAUCCUAAUUAACAUGAAUGAAAAACAAGUAAUGUUACUGGUCUUCCUGGAUUUAAGCGCUGCAUUUCAUACCAUUGAUCAUUCAAUACUGCUUCAGCGUGUCGAAAAUAAGUUGGGAUUAGUGGAUCAGCUUUAGAGUGGUUCCGCUCCUACUUAUCUUGUCUAUUCAACAAAUUGUAAUUGAUGGUUUAAGAUCUGACAAGUUUUACAGGCAUUUUGGUCUACCAAAGGGCUCUUGUCUGGGUCCCUUGUUGUUUUCCAUAUACACAAGCUCUCUGUUUGAAAUCGUCACCAAGCACCUACCUUCCGUACACUGCUACGCUGACGAUACGGAACUUUACCUCGCUUUUAGACCAGACGACCGCGCUACUCAAGAUUCGGCUGUUGUCGCCAUGGAAGCCUGUAUACAGGACGUACGGAAGUGGAUGAUUACUGACAAGCUAAAGAUCGAUGACGGAAAGGCUGAGUUCACCCUCAUUGGCACCAGAGCACAGUUAAAGAAGGUGGAUAUUGGCAAAAGAACCGUCGGAGACUCGCUCAUCUACCAACAAGGGUGCAAUAAGAAAUCUAGCAUGUGGAUGUUUCCAGCGCUGCAGUACACCGGACGCGAUGAUUUGUAGACAUCAAUUUCAGACUAUUUUCAGGCAUCAAAUUAGUUACACAGAGAACGAUUUUGAUUAAGUACAGGAGCCCAUGACCCAUGACCAUGACCAUGACCAUGACCAUGACCAUGGGCUCCUGAUUAAGUAGUAAAUAAAUGAGCAAUUUUUGAGUGUUCCUGUAGACUUAGUCAACGGAUUGACGACUUUGUGAAAGUUAGAGAUGUUUAAUUUGACGAUGCUUAUGUCCUAAUGUCCUAAUUUCCCUAAUGUCGUCCUUUAGUACUUUGUUCUUAUAAAAGGUGUUUUUUAACUUUAGCAACAUGAUCCUCUUUUAAAAUACGGACACCCCGUUAAUAUCGGCAAUUUCUAAGGCAUUCGGUUCCCGUAUUAACGGGGUCUGAGUGUAACUGACUUUAUCUGAAAUGACCAUUUCCUGCUAGCUAACAUGUCUUUGGUGUAUGCAGCACUGAUCCUUAGAUAAAAAAAGGGCCAUCAUGGAGUAACUGAGCAAUCCAAGAGGUUAAUUCUAUUUUUGUUCUUUUCUAGUUGACAGGAUUGGGGGGAAAAGCAACCGACGUGGUUGGAGAAUCAUCUGGUGCUGACAAAAAGGUCUUGAGUAGUACUAAUUACAUUCCCAACAUGACUACCAUACUUUCGGGAGGAGAAAUCGCCUCGGCUAAAGGAAUAAUUCCUGAUAUUAGUAAGGUAGGUUACCCUCUAUGUUGUUGCAGACUUCAUCUAAUGGAACCACCUGUUGUGUCUAUUGUAAAACAUGUACAGCGAAAUCGGUAAGUAAGGAAGAUGCAAUCUUAAGCACAGCCCAAUUAGACACACACCUAAAAAUUGUAAUACAGUGGUAAAACACUUCAAGGAACCGGAGGGCUGAAAAUGUUAGCUUUUCUUUAAAUCCAUCAACAAUAGAUGGGUGUGGUGAAGUUUCCUGGUGAAACUGAGGAAGCCGCAAGAGAGCCUGGAAGGCAACCAUGACAACCCUGUGGGCGGCAACCACCAGGCACCGUCACACUGAGAAUCUUAGUGGAGAAAUUCGCAGAUGCUGGAGGGCAGGGAGUGCUGAGAGCAAAAAUGGCUAAAGCUACAGCACGCUUACCUCAGCGAAAGCGCUGUAAAAUUACUAGAGCCCUACUAAAGCCCAAGACCACCCCACAUAUGAUUUGUGACGGAGCCACCUGUCCAGCAUUGUCUCCCAGCAAGAUGGGUGUGUGGAAGGUGACUGGUGAAACUGAGGGAGCCGCAAGCGAACUUGCAAGGUAACCAUGACAGCCCUGUGAGCGGCAACUACUGAAACCAGUCUACAGGUGCUUCGAGGAAAAAACCAGGGACCGGGAACAAGGGGAUUCACAGGACCUGGUUCCCCCAAAGGCAUCAAACACCAACCCCAAGCUCCCUCACAAUAAAACAAACGAAAAGCUACUCAACACUGAAGAAGACUAGAGGCCCUAAUACCUACCUAAAGCACGUUCGCCAGAGCCGAGGCGCAAGCUGUCGUUAGGUGCAAUUCAAACUGACACGACUAAAGGGGAGGCUUACACUGCUGACAGGAUGCGUAAAAAGGGACACCUGUCAACCAGUGACCGCCGUACGAAAGACACUAGGAAAUUUAAAAUAGGUCACUACGGUCGUCUGGGACGGUUGGAUAGAUGUUACGUCACGCAAAACACGCGUGACCUUUUACCGUUGUCCUUCUGGGACGCUACGUUUUCGCCGGGUUUCUCGUCGUAAAGACAACGGUGAAACCGAUAACAGUUCAUGCAUAUGUAUUGACACUUUUCUUCUAAAACGCAGUAGCCAAUGGGUUAAAUAUGCGUUGGCUUGUGUUUACAUUGAUUUACCUAUCGGUGAAAUAAAAAAAAAGCGAAAAUAUCUGUGUUCAUUCAUAACUUAGCUGGCGGCCGCGUGGCGACUGCUUGUUUUCUUCCCAGUGUUGUCCAUGGCAGAGGAAAAUUGCCGAAAAGAAAGGUACGGCCCAGUUCAAACGGCGAUCUUUUCAUGUACCGAACUUAAUACCUAUUUAGGUCGACCCAAAUGAUAUAAGUUCGAGGUUGAUUCAGACGUCGAAAUUAAUAAGUCGAACUAGAUUCAUUUUCACGAUGUUCAAGGUCUCGAAUGCUUUAAACAAGUGAAAAUAAAUGUUAGUAAUUUGUGCAUUAGUUUCGGCACAUGAGAAGUUCGACGUUUGAACUGGGCCUAACAGUUAUGAUUGCAGCCUCCUUUUUUUAUUAAGAAAAGAUUUCUUUAACUAAAAAGGUGUUGGCUUAGGAAAGGAAAGUUCAAAUAAAAACAUCGACUAGUUUUUUAAAACUAGCUGAUUUAAUUUGUUCCCUUAUUCUCCUGACUGGUAUUCUUCGAAAAAAACAAACUCUUCAGUAAUGGAGCCUUUUGCGAAAGAAAUUACAAGCGAGUUUCGCACAUAACUUCACCGUCCUCUGUUUUGUUGUCCGAUCUUAUAUUGAAAAAAAAUCGCGCCCGUAGACGCAUCCAACCGUCCCAGCCUACCAUAGUGAACUUAAAUUCCCUACGACGAAGAAGAGGCCACCAAGAAACAAGCUUAACCAGCUUUUCUUGAAUCGGACACAGAACGUUCUUGCUGGAGGAGAAGCAAUCUGGAAGAGCAGCAAGUCCAGAAGCUUCAGACCACCGACGCAAAUUUGGACCUCCAAGUGAUCAACUUCCCUCGCUCACGAAGUUAGAAGCUGUCGCUUGAAAAAGAUCCUUGGACACCAUCCCCUUCAGAAUCCUGCAUAGUUAAUCUGUAAGCGAGGAGCGGGACAAAGGUCUUGCCAUCUUGAAAGAGGAAAAUCGGGCCAGCUCCGUUUCCUUUAAUUCUUAGAUAAACCAUAAGCAACCUAAUAACGCAAAGCGGGGUAUUGCCUUUGCCAAAAUAGAUCAGACAACCCUUGUGAAAACUCAGUUUUGGAGGCCUUCAGACUAACACGAAAACAUGUGGGCGCAUCACAAGAGUAAAUACCAAUGUCCGCCAGGCUCAAGUGAAUUUCAGGCGAGAAACUGCCCAGAUUCGGAACAGUGAACACUGAAGAGCAAAGAAAACCAAAAUAUCUGCAGGUUACAAGCCGUCCAAAACAUGGUGUGAUCUUUUUUGCUCAAAUCUAGAGCCUUGAAAAUAAGUAAUAGAGUCUGAUCUGUGACUUGGUGACGAGUAGACCCAGCUUCUUCUACAAAUCGCUUGAUGCCGCAUAACAUUCUCUACACCCCGAGGUAAUCCACAGGGGAGUCCAGAAAGGCUUGUUCGAUAUGAAGAGCGAGGACGGCAGACAAGUGAACUUUUACGCGCCAAGUGACAAACAAACAGAGCGUCCAUUCAUCCUCCCUGCACGGAGACCCGUCUGGGCCUAGUUGUCCCAGUUGUGCGCCGCACCCCACGAAUCUGUUCUGGACAAAUGCGUACGAGUUGCGGUUGGUACGAGCUGGCACCUCCAUUAAUAACUGUUGGCACUCCAUCUCGAAGGUGGAUUGAUCAAAGUCGAGAAAGGGAAUCUGAGAGGUGGUGAAUGUUCAACAUCAUCCAUUCCACCAUGCCUGCGACUGAAUUAAAAAUAACGGGGGUUAAAUCUACGAAGUACUUGCCCCGCCAUUUCAUCCCUCCAAAAAAAUAAACGAUCAGCCGGUGCACGGCAAUAUUGCGGCAUGCUGCCUUGAUGUAAAAAUUAGCUCUUAACGUCCCAGGCCCAUACUUUGAUACCAUAUCUAUAAUCUGGUCGACCGUUAUGUAUUGCAUGGAAAAAACCCUCUGCCUUUAUACCAUCAUUCACACUGGACCAACUGGGGAACGUUUCCGGGCUGGCCUUUUAUAGUUAUGACCCGAAAACUGUGAACACGAAGAUUAGGGAGAGGAAGGGAUGCAAAAAGAUCUGCAACUCGGUGAAGAGCGACCUCCUUAGCAAAACAAUCGUCAAUAACGGCAGGGUGCUGACGAGCGGAGAGUAUGUUCGAUUUACCAGGCUAAAGCCUACAAUUAUGCUGGAACUCCAACCGAAAAACUGUGCUGAAGCCCAUUAUGGACAUACCCGACUGCCUCUUGAUCGGGGAGCUCAAUUAAUUCCCUCGCAAAUUCCGCGACUUCCAAGGAACUCACCACCGAGACUAGGUGGAAGGAGGGAGACACUAAGGGAAGAAUCAAGAAAAGGGAAUACUCUGAGUGAAAGGCAAACACUUUUAAGAAAAUCUCUACAACACGGAAAAAGCUUCGCAAGCAGGUGGCAAAUUACAAACCAAAAACAUGAUAUGAACAAUGAAUUGAUCAGAAGUAAAACUGGGCUAAUUUCCCGCAUAGAAUCACAACACCAGACCAUUAUUAAGUCACGGUAACAAGCUAACAACAAGGAACCUCCCAUGGGGUGAGAAGGGGUACUAAGCUAAAAAAUGCGAAAACCGAGAGAAUGUAACAAAUCAAAACCGCAAAAAUACCGGAUUGACAAACACAAGAGGACAACUGAAAUCAAUGAUACAAAGCAAAAAACAAAUAAUAAAACAAAAAGGGGGCAGUGUCCCUAAUUUACAGAUCAGUCCAUACGAAAACACUCUAAGUACGUUGGGACUUGUCUCCCGAGGAGGAACCUGCAGUUGACGAGGGGGAAGCGACUAGAAUGGGCAAACAAUUACGCGAUGAGAACCAGAGCAGGAGGAGCAGGGGCGCGUAACGGCAGAUAGAGAGAGGCAAAGUGCAACACCCCCUGUUCCAGAACUUGCAAACCACUAAGCUUCCCGAAGAACCCGCAGGUUCCCAGUCAGGAGAAUUGGUAAACUAGGGCGUACGAGCAGAGGCUCCAGCCGCAUCGAACUAAAACACGGCCCGUCCGUGAGCUUAGUUGCCGCCGCGUGCUCGCGAAAGGCGUGAUCGUAAGCCAACCCUACACUACUGCUAAAAAUAAAUGCCGAUGCGUGCGGGGGAUUUUCGGGCUAUGACGUCAACAUCAAACGAUUGCCGAGGAGAGGCUGGGACUAAGGCUCUUAAAGCGGUAGAUUCGAGGCAACAGACCGCACAGAUCAACGUUCUUGCCGGCCACGAUCUGCGAAACAAAUUUCGCCAGAACUGGAGAAACGCCGGGCCCAUCAACAAACAGUUGAUCAGCUACGGCCAGAGCAGAAGGUUGAAGCACGCUUGCAACAGCUGCGUGACCUGAGUUCCGAGAAGGUCCGGCGAGAAAACUGGCCGCGCAAGAUGCAAGUGAAAGAGCGGACAUCGCGGCGGCAGCGAAGGUCGAAACGAACCACGGCACAAUAAUAGACGAGGAUGAAACAGCCCUACUUGCACAUGGUUGGGCAAUAAUCGUCGCUGGAGUCAGUGAACAUGGGGACACCGCGGGAACGCCCCCAAUUGUAGCAGAGGCAAUCGAACUACUCCCUGGAGACAGUGUCGAAGACAGAACUUUGGCCCGUUCGGCCGCCAUGGCAGCUUGAACUGUCUGCGAGAUUAACGCCACGAUCUCCGAAUCGGAGAUCGUGGCGUUAAUCCCGCUGUCAUCGAACAGCGACUGUGAUCUGUUAUACGUCGAACACGAGGUCAUAUAUUGAAAACGGAACCGUACACGGUACUGCGACGACACAACAGGAGAUUCAAACACAGCAAAACCGGCUAAAUCUACUGCACGCGCAGGCAAAGUGAUCGAAAUGAUUGACCUGAACAAAAGCGCUGUAAAAUUACUAGAGCCCCGCUAGAGCCCAAGACCGCCCCACAUACGAUGAGUGAUGGACACCGCUGACCAGCAUUGUGUCGUGUUUAACCUCGCCUAAAUUAUAUUAUAUUCAAAAAGGGCCUUACAGGUGGUCUAAGUUUUCUUAUAAGCAGACCCCUGGCAGAUAACAGGAUGCGAAAACUGUAUUCACCGAGUUGCGGCAAAGAGAGUUAUGGGGAGUAAAUCUGAAAGAGCUUUUCCCUCGUCUUAAGAAAAUGCUGCUCACUUUCCUUACCGGAUCUCAAAAGGAGGAAUUUCAUGUAUCCCAUGAUGCAUCGCUUCAUAAGAUAUUACCAAGCUUUCGAACGCACGUGAUCCUAUCGAUCGGUUCAACAGGGACAUGACAGUUGAACAACAGUGGAAAGCGAAGUCAAAGUGUGUGUCUUGGUCGCCGAUAUUAGUUAACUAGCCGUACGAUAGCAGGGCAGUCUACGCAAUUGUUCUUUGAAACUAGCGAGGAAGGUCUUUGCUUAAGUACGUCUUGUUUAAACGGACGUUGAUAAAGCUCUCCAUGGAUUAACAAGCGAUUUCCAUGUACUUGUCUUGAAAUAAAUAUAUAUUCUAGGUGUACUAUUUCUCUUCGGCUUGUUUGUGAUCGCGGUGCUCAUUGUCAGUUCCAUAGUGAAUUCGUCAACCGUACUUUGACUGCACAUGCUAUUACUUCAACAAGCUCGGCUUAUACAGUCGAAAAUACCGAGAUCGUCAAAGUACAAAGUGAAGUCUAUUCAAAGGAAAGGCAUAGUUCAAAUAAAAACAAUAAAAAUAACAGAGACAUUUUUCGUAACACAACACCGGUUAAGCAUCAUUGUCAAACAUAAACAUAAAUAAGCUUUAUUACAUGUUAGAAAUGGCAAAAUACGUACACAAACACACUCACUCAUUCACUACAAUGGAUCCUAAGAGAACUAUCAAAAUGUCUUCAAAGGUUUUAUACGCCGGUUGAGGUCCUACAGCAUACCAUUCCAUGACAUUUGCUGGUCUGUAUAUUUGAAGUUCGCCCCGCACGUUUGCAACCGGAAGCCACAAUGAGAAACCAAUUUUACCUAAAAUAAUGAAACAAAAAAGGUUUUAAUACUAGAAACCACUGAAAUUAAACAGUCAUCGUACCUUCAAGAGCUAAUGUUGCUAUUUUGAUUAGAGAGAAAGGAGCGAACUCAAGGGGAAAAAAGCCCCAUCUUCGCAGGACUUAGCAUAAAGAAAUUGAAACCUUCGACUUGCAUUUUAGCGAGAAAGGGCAGAAAAUGCGAUAUUUCAACACGGUCAAACCCAUAAAAAUCGCGAGGUCGAAAGGCCGCGAACGUUCUUUCCCACGCGAAGAGAAGGAAAUUAGUCGCGAAGCAUCAUGGGAUAUACGUAAUUCUCCCCUUUGCCGAUGUCCUUAUUCUGGACCCCCAACGGACAUAACGAAUAACCAGAAGAUGCGUUUCAAAUUCCUCUCAACAUGAUUGGCAAUGUCUUUUAAUAGGCCAAUCAUGGCGCGUACUCAAAUCCUGGUACACUGGUGGUGGUCCAGAACGCGGAUUUCGGCGCUGUUUCGUAGACGGACUGAAGUUUCGCAGAGGGACCUGCGUCUGUGGCGCAGGCUAUUCGGAGUCCUUACUUGGAAACCAAUGGAAACCCUUGUCAAGGUCUGAAGUAACUAACUUGACUGGAAAUGAACAUUUCAUGCUGGCAAAUAUAUCCUUAGUGCCGAGUGCAGUAAAUAAUCCUCAGGUAAAUAAAGCAUUGACAGUGACCAAGCGGUCCAAGCGAGUGACUUUAUUUUUUGUUCUCUUCUAGGUGGCACGAUUAAAAGCAACUGACGUGGUUGGAAAAUCGUCUGCCGCUGGCAUAAAGGUCUCAAGUGUUACUAACUACAUUCCCAACACGACUCCCAUGCUCUCGAGAGGAGUAAUCUCCUCCGCCAAAGGAGUGAUUCCUGAUAUUAGUAAGGUAGGUUACCCUAUGUGUUGUUACAGAUUACAUCAAAUUAAUUCUGCAAUUAUUGCAGAAAAUGAUCGUAAAUUAAACCUCUAUUAAGCGGGCGCGGCCACCUUUUGGCUAUCCCGACCAGAGUUUUGCUAUUGUUGUCACUUGUAUUUAGAGGCCAUCGAGUGCUUGAUACCCUUAGUUUGGCUUUAUUUUAACUACAUGAAGGAAGCUAUAACCUGAAAUAGUAGGUGACCAUUGAUUGUGGACCAAUAAUGCCGUUGCUACCGCUUGUCUGUUUUAGAUUUAAAUUCUGUCGAACCUCUAUUAAGUGGCCAACCUCCAUUUGUGGGUACCCCGAGGGUGGCCGAUUAAUAGUCUUAAUUACUUUUGAAUAACGAGAGGACCACGCCUGUUUAGACCAGCAUUAAGUACAUUUUCCUGCUAAGAGGAUUAGAACCCAUUUAAGAACAGACGUAACCAAAUUCGCCAGUAGGCGCCACAUAUAAAAGACCCUUUUGAGGCUAAUCCUGAAGGUUGAGGCUGCUUUUCUGAACGCUUAUUUUACUUAGCCUCUCGAUUAGGUAACUCUAAUGCACAAUUUCAAUGUCUUUGGCUAUAUUUAGUAUUGCAAUUAUUACUGCCAUAGUUGAUAGAGUGGAAUGGUUAUGAAGCCCGUCAGACUCCUCUCUUAUAUGUUUUUGUGGACCUGACCUGUUCCAUAUAGAAUUCCCAUCAUUUUGAUUCUAUUAACUAAUACAAAUGUCGGCUCGCAUUAAAUUAUUCAGUGACAAUUUGUGAACAGAAAACGAAAUAAAACAACGUUUGCCUCCUUUCUUAACCAGUCUUCUCUACUAUAAUACUGUGCAAGGAACGGUGAAUCGACUAACGUCAUACCUUACGUUUAAGAACGCGAUUGAGCGCUAUAUAGGGUACGAUUCGAUUGAAUUCCUUUAUUUUACAAAUCUCUUUCAUCAUGAUUUCUGGACCAUUUAAAAUCUACAGACAUCGGAAUACCCUAUUUCGAGCAGUCUUCUAGAUAUUGCAAUGCAAAGAAUGCCAAAACAAGUGAUUUCUACAUUUUAUUCCAUUUAUUUUUAUUCCGGAAUACGGUCAAUCGAACACGACCAUAAUUUCUUUUUGUUUCGAUUCUCAGGAGAAUUUCUUCAAAGGUAUGCCUGCCUCGAUAUCAGGGACAGCAGUAGGACUGCUCUUGAAAGCACAAGGCAAUCUCAUUGGUCAAAUACUCAUUUCAUCUCAUUUGAUGCCGGAAUUAAUCCUUUUCAAGCUCCCCACUCAAUGGAUAAUUUCCCAUAUCUUAUCUUCCUUUUUCAUUCAGUGGAUUAUGGCUCUCUUCAACACAUUAAUAAGCUUGAUAUUUUCAGGUAAUAAUUGAAAGCCAGCUGAAAGAAAAAAGUUGGUGUAUUUGGGUAACAAUGAGCCCUUUACUGCUUGAUCAUCACAUGGUUCAAAUUAACCUCGCUCACAAACAACACAAGAGUGACCUUCAAAAAGAAGGAACAUGCCAUUUAUGUAACUCCCUUGUUUUCCCUCACUGCGUUACUUGCUUCACAUUGAGGUGUUCUUUUACCACGUGACUAUUUAGCUGAAAGGGGGCGCUUUGAGGAAGUUAGGAAAAUCACACCUGAGAAUUGAUUUAAGAAAGGGGUGUGUCGUCACAUUCGUAUGAAAUGUUUUUGUUAAGCGUGUAUGGUCUAUGACAUAUUUUCCUACGUUGUAUUUAAUUAAAUGAGCGUCCCCUUAUCUGAUCUUUUUUGAUAGUAUUUAUUUAAGACAUUUAUUACAAUAUUACAGUAAAAUGAUUACAAAGGGAAAUAAUUUUCAUACUCACAAUUAUAUUUAUACAUUACAGCCAAAACAGCCGCGCAAUGGCUAAAUAAUUAAUAAAUACCUAAUUUUGUAGAUGAAAAAAAUUAACAAUCAAUAAGUGCUGGUGAAUAAUAUAUGUUAACCCCUGAUCUGAUCAAUAAGUGCCUUGCUGGUAAAUGAAAUUGAAAGACAUGGGGAUAUAUAUCGUCAGGGGCAGUUAUCGGAGGGACAACAUCAUCGCCAUUUGUUUAGUGUUUUGCUCGUCACACCAAUGAUCUUUAAUUGUGCUUUUUUUCCACGUGGGGUCAUUUAUGCUAAAUGAAGAACUAGAUGAACCAUUUAGUGAGCCUGUCUUUUGUAAUUAAAAUACUUUUAUUGUGAUUGCCCUGCUAUGCAGAUUUGUUACACUCCUAAAUACAAUAUUUACGGAAUUGCUGUUGAAAUUAGAUUACGGAAUUGGAUCAGUGUGCAGAUUAUGUACAUAAAGAUUACCUUUGUUUUGUAUAUAGUACAUAAGUCUUCCCUAAUUGUGUUAAAAGUUUUUUUCUUUAGGGCACUAUUUUGUACAGCAGGAGCUCAGCGUCCAUAUACGCACAUACGCUCGUGCGUACAGCUGAAAUCUGAAAAAAAAAUUGUUUGCUAAAGGAUUUUUAUAAUAAAAUUAGAAUGACUGUUAAAUUUUUCACAUGAUAUCUGUGUCUUUGUCCAUUGAUUCCCUUGAUUUUACGUGCAAUACAUGUCAACCACAGUCCAUCCCAUUUAAUUGUUUAAACGAUGUAGACUUUUCAAAGACUAUCGGUUCAACAGACACAUCUAUUGAACAAGUGACAAAAAAAAAUUAAUAGACUUCAACAAAAUAUCAUUUAUCCUUUUAAACUCAAUUUACAAAAUGAUAACCAUUUGUUAAUUGACGAUAUAAUCGCGUCUCCUUAGAGGGGUUAAUGAUCAAAUUUCAGAAUGUGAUUAUCACCAUGUAGAUAAAUCUAAACAGUUUGUGACAAGAUUUCAUACGAACGAUAAUAACUUUUCAUAACUGCAUCUGACUAUUGGAAGCUUGUUGAAUAAGCUAGAUGACACCCAACAGCUUCAAUCGGACAUAAACCACAAAUUGACCAUUAUAGGUAUUAGUGAAACAUGGCUUAACGAUAAAUCAGAAUCUUUGAUUUAACUGCCUGACUACUUAUUUAUGAAAAAUUUAAGGAAAAAGAAAACAGGGGGAGGCGUAGGGAUGUUUAUAUCAACAAAUAUGAAUACAAAGUUAAGCAAGACUUAAAUUUGUUUAGGGAAGAUAUUUUAGAAAGUGUUUUUACAGACAUGAGUAUUAAUGGUAAAAAAAGUACCAUUAUAGGGACAAUUUAUAGACCACCCAAUGAUAAAUGCAACGAAUUUUGAAAUAGAAUUUUCCAGAAUCCUUAAAAAAAAUGGACACGGAGAAUGAGUUAUGCUUGCUUAUUGGAGACUUAAAUAUCGAUUUACUAGAGUAUGGAUGCAAUAAUUAUGCUAGCAGAUUUUUCGAGCAGCUCUCUAGCUCUCAUUUUGAUUCAACAAUCUAUAAGCCUACCAGAACAACACUAAACUCAGCCACAUUGAUUGAUAACAUUUUUACAGAUGGCAUUGUUAAGGACUACACUGCUGGACUUUUGUUUAAUUAUCUUUCUGAUCAUAUUCUACAUGAAAAGCUAAUUCUGUACAUUCGAGGAUUGACUCAGUUGUAAAACGAGUAAUAACAAAGAGCAAUGAUUUACUAAGAAACUGCAAACCGAAUUGAAAAUGAUAAACUGGCAUGACCUUAUGAAAUCAGAUGAUCUCGAAGAAUCAUUUAACACCUUGGAAGAGGUGUUCAUCAAAUUGUAUUACUGUAUUCGAGAAAAAACUAUGCGCCAAAAAAAAAUUCAGAAAUGAAAAGAAGCCCUAACUUAAUAAAGGUUUUUUGAAACCAACUAGUAGAAAAAUAACUUGCUAAAAAUGUCCGGAAAAACCAAACAGUGAGUCAUGUGAAAAAUCCAAAUAAAUUAAAUCGCCUAAAGAAGAUUUUGAAAAAAACCUAUCAUGAGAGAAAAUUUGAUAAUAUUUAAGGCAAUCUGAAACAAACGUGGAAAUUAAUAAAUAACUUAACAAAAAGGAAUAAACAGGAAUCCAUAAAGGGACAAUUUAUAUUGACAACACACUUGUUAACCAUAACAAGCAAAUUGCCAAUUCAUUUAAUGAAUGCUUUGUUAGCGUGGGCCCAAUCCUUGGGAAGAAAAUUUAGGUACAAGCUGAUGCUACAUUUAAAUCUUAAUUGAACUGAGGCUACGUGGAAUCGAUGAUGCUUUCUCCAACAUACGGGAAAGACGUAGAAGUAAUUUAAAAUCUGAAUCCUAGGAAAAGCUGUGGUUACGACGGCAUUCUUUAAGGGGUACUGAAGCAUUUAGCAACUGAACUACAUCUGUAACAGUUACUAAUGAUAUAACCAUAAUUAUGAUUCAGAUUUCGACUUGCAAUUUAUAUAUUGUAUGUAAUAUAUCAAAAACGAGUGCGAGGGUUUCACCAGGGGUUCCAAACACCGAGAAACAGAUGAAAGCACGAGGCCAAAGGCCGAGUGCUUUUAUUGCGACUGUGAUUUUCAGUGUCACGCCAUUCAAAAUAGAUCAAAAUAAAAAUCAAAACCGUUCAAUAGAUAAAGUCCGGAAUCUGGGAAAUGAAAAGAGGUAAAUAUAAAAAGAGCCUCUCCAAGAUUCAGGCCAGAAGAAUAUUCCGUAUACAAGAUAUCCGAAGAAAUGUUUUACCCAAAUUUAUAGAGAUUUGUACGGAGACGCCAUGCUGGUGCCCACCUGGAUGGGCACCAACAUGGCGGACGGAAACCAACAAAAACAUCUGUUACCGAGUUUUGGUACCAAAACGUGAAUUUAUUCCUCAAGGAACUCAUAAACAUUAAAAUAAUACUUUUUAUAACACAUGAACUGUUUAGAUAGCAAAAUUCCCCGAAAUACGUCACUUUUUAAACCUAUAUGACAGCUCUCUCGCCCGUCAUGUAAAUGCCACGUCACGCAGUAGCUUAGAUAUUCAAGCGUACCCUAUCACAAGACCAAGAACCAUUUUGAAGCGAAAAUUUGUAUGAAAAUUAGUUUUCAGCUGCUCUAAUACAUCGUGAAAGUAAAAUCGAUAGUUUUGUAGUUUGAAUUUUAGUGACUUCAUGUGAAAACCAACAAUUGUUUCGAGUUGAUUGCGACCCCUGAUGAAACCCGAAGCACGAGUUUUUGAGAUGACUUCUCAAAGGAAACAAUAAAAAAUAUACAGUGAUACAUUUUUUUGCUAUUGUCCUCCCCAAAUGAAAGGACAAUAAUUUAUGCAGCGAUGCAAUUUUCCCAUAUUACGUAACAUUACUUCAACAUGCAUGAUUGAUUGUUUUGGUGUAAUUGGUGCCUGACCAUGAGUGAAGAUGGAGAUGCAAGAUGUAGGGAGCCGAAAACGGUUUACGAAGAACGCGAGUUCGUCGUAAAUGUUAUUCUCUCGUCAACCAAAUACAAGAAAAAAUGGGCGGUAACAAUUUUUGGCGAAUGGCAAAUUUCUCGGUCGGUUAUAGCUUCCGUUUUAGAUAAAGGAGGGCUCUUCAAAGGCUACGAUUCACACAAGGUCGCACAGCUUUCUACCAGCAUUAAAGAAAUGGAUGAAGUAACCUCGAAUAACUGGCUUAGCAAGUGUGUGAUGGAGGUGGCCAAGAAGUCGGGGGAGAGAUAUCCACCGAAGACCGUUUAUGGAAUAGUUUGUGGUAUCCGACGCCAUCAAGGUUAAUUAUGUCAAAUAAUAUUCAGGUCAUUUUUGGAAUUGUUAUUAACGAUGAACUAAUUUUUGAAAAAUGCUCAUUAAAAUGCAAGUGUUUGAUCUGAGAUCAAAACCAUGUUUGAUCUCAGAUCAAAACCCAUAAGAUUUUCAUCUGAGUGUUCAUUGGGUAUCAAGGCUCAUGCAUGUGACCCAAAUAUGCCUCAUUUAUAGGCUGUUGCCCUCAUGAAUAAUUAAUGAGUUUGAGAAAGUAUUGUGAAGGAGAAGAAAUCUUGGACACCUUGGACUUUGAUUGAUUCUGCGUAAUGUCAAACCAAAUAAAAAAUGUCAAAAAUGUUUGGAAAAUACGUGGAGAAAACGGUAGUAGCCACUGCCCGAUAAGCACAGCCGUAAAGGGCGAAUGGCGAUUUCUAUCGUUCAGGAACUGAAAACAGAUGUCAUAUUACAUGCAAAAAUAAGGCGUAGGCCGAACGUCGAACUUUUCGACGAACCAAACUCUAAUUUGAGUCAACGACCACCUCCAGUAAGCAACCGCGACCACUUUUUAGACCUUACGGUUAAUGAUUCUGAAUUGUUUUUAACCUCUUGUACGUGACCACUUAGCCUGAGUAUCAGGCCUUCCUACGGGGCUAGGGGAGAGGAGAUUUUAGAUGGGGGAGGGGGGAUGGGGAGAAGAGAAAGGAAGGCCUGACACAAAACCAUUCAGCAAAUCGUGUGACACAUCCAAAAUCUGGAUGUGGCAGUGAUUGGAUAACACACAAUACCCCCUGAGAGCGAUAUACCCCGCAAGAGCGAUCGGCAAGGAGACGGUCAUUGAAAUUUUUCAUAGAUAUUUUGAUUUCAUGUUACCGGUAUGUGAUACUUUUACAGACAGAGACGCAGAGAGGAAUUCAAAAAGGCCCUAGAGGGCGCUCUCAAGUUCUUUCCUGGAAUAAAAAUAAAACCCGAGCAAGAAUUGUGUUUUCAAGGCCUCUUAGUUUAAAGGAAAGAUGUACUCGAAGUAAGGAAAAGCCUCAUAUACCAUCUCCUGCCGAAACUAUGUCCGAGUAUUGGUUUCACAAGACCGGGACAAAGAAGACGAUAUCAGUGUUUCAGAUAUCUAAAUUCAGAUUUACAACAUCCUGCCGUUAAAAGGGUAUUGUUACUGUAAAUGAAAAUAGAGCGAGGUAGCCACGUAUUGAGAUAGCCGCGGGGAUAGCCGACAGCACCAAUGCUUUUAAAAAGCUUGACUUUGCUUGUUGCGGUUACGAUAACGUACGUGACUGGAAUUCGUUCGCUUCCUCCUCCAAAAUUUUCUCACUUUUGAAACGUCUCAAGCUCAAGCGGGCGCCAUCAUAUUUCGCCAACGGGAUUGACCUUUGCUAUAGGUUCUCACUUGUUUUGAACUUGUAACAGCUUUCACGAGCUCUCUCUGAAGUGGUGGAAUCUGCUGCUGCUUAAUAAUUUCUAGCCGUAGGGUUUUCACCAUCGCACCAUCCUAUAUAUUCUUGCAGCUCCUUUCAACCACCCGAGAAUACGGGGGAUAACACCAGCCUUUUAGCUGCCAGACAAGCGCCUGAUUUAACUCUGUAAACAAAGGCAAUUUACAAUUUUCCGGGCACGUUUGUUUACAAACAGAGCGUUGGCGAUCUUACACUAGCACAAUUCCUAAACCCUGUUAUAAUUCCUCAUAAACGGCAGGUUUUGCAUUACAAGUAUUCGAAAACUCCUCAUUGGAAGUUUCAGAAAAAAGCGAAAUCGUAGCAACACAAGCACCGAUGCUCGGCCAGACCGUUAAGUGAGAUUUAUUUUAGGCGAGCUUUUUGACACGUGAAGCUGACAACCCAAUGACCGGAAGUGAUUUUGAUUGGAUGGUAUCGUAUCAUGCUGUGUGAGGGUGGAAGGCUCCAGUAAAAGCAUCUGUGUCAGGCGUUUCUCUCGUUCACCUCUCUUCCUUUUUCGCUUCCAUUUUUCCCCCUUUCCCCAGAAACGCCUGAUACUCAGGCUAGUGACCACUUGACGGGACCCGUUCUCGGAAGAGAACCCCUCUGGUACGACCACCUCCCGUAAGCGAACACUCAGUCUUUGCAUUUUGGGCGGUCGCUUACGGGAGGUUCUACUGUAUACAAAUUGUGUUUAACCAGGAGCCUAUGACUAGGAGCCUAUAUUUCCCAUACAAGCCCUUGGAGUCAACCAUUUCCCCUAGAGUAGAUUUAUAAUUGGAACGGUUCCCAGAGGAGUCUGUGUACGUCGACAGUGGAAAGAACCAAUCACAACGACGUCAUGACAGUGCUAUUGUUCUUCAUCAAACAAAAGGAAAUACAGUGUUGACAGGCCAAACACAAUCAUAAGCCAGUGACUUUAAAAGAGUUUUGCUCUAGAAAAUCCCUCAGACAUUUUGUAUCUUUUAUUUUUAGCGGGUAGAUUAUACUGUGGAAAAUUUUAUAUUUUGACUGUGUAAAUCUUAAUUUUGGCUGCUUGUAUCACAUUAAGAGGCCCUAAAGCAGGUCUGUUCCAUGCAUAUUGAUUGAUUAUUUCCUGCACCUUGAUGUUUGUAGUUCUGACUGGAUUCCGCGAUUUUAGCACCGGUUUUCUUCAGCCAUUUUUUUAAACGUUGAGGUUUUUAUUUCGCCCCGGCAUUGGUUUGAAAUUGUAAAAACACAGAAAAAUCAAAGAUAUUCGAUACUAAUGUUUUUAAUUUACUCUACUCUUCUGUUUAAAAUAUAGUGAAACCUGUGUUAACCGGACUCGGGUCUUUCCAACCCGUUUUUAAAGUUCAACUCUUGAGUUAUCAGAGAAUCUCCAAGAAAAAAAAACAGAUUAUGCUUUGUUUUCCCUUUCGUGAGAGAAUCGCCUUACGUCUUAGGCCUAGGCCAAACACCAAACUAUUCACGCAUAAGACGAACCAAAUUUAAUGAGUUAAGUUCAUGAAAAGUUCGACGUCUGGCUGAAUUAAGUUCGUCUGAAUGAGUUUGGAUCGUCCAACGCGUUCAAUCCGUCUGCUACAGGUGGAUGGUACGUCUGAAAAAUCGUCUCCGGGACAAACGUCGAUCUUCACAUGCCACAAACUAACAAAUUAAAAAUCCGUAUGAGAACGUAUAUUUAGCCUCGUUCGGCUAAAAUUGCUUUUUGGUCUGCUAUUGAUUGGUUCGAGGCGUUCUACGUUCUACGUCUGACCCAACAGACGAUCUAGAGGUUCCAACUGUAAGGCUUUGACUGGGAAAAUUUUGGUGCGUGGAUUGGCGGUCGCCUAUGGGAGAUGGUCGCACAUGGAGGUUUGACUGUAUGUCUUAGACUCAUACGCUAGUAAGUGAGACAUUUCAAAUGCGCUAAAACGACGGGGCGGACGUACGGGCGGACAACCAAAAUUUCUUCUAUGCCUGCAUAGAUAACCAAAUUUUCUAACCCAUUUACUCAAAUUUGUUUUUUUGAUCCCACAAACUCACCUGACUGGAACGUUAAAAGGGAGAACGUGAAAGCGUCGCUUCGAUGUUAUCUAGAUAGGUCCAUUAUCACCAUUAACGAACGAAAACUUUAGCGGUGAAGCCGUUCUAAUCAAAAUACAAUGUAUUGCCCCAAGUUCUUGUUUGCUAUUGAACAGUUAUUGGAUGAGGUUUUCGUGAUAUCCGGAAUAAUCAGGGUCGAGGUAAGUGUUUUCAGCCGAGCCGAAGGCCGAGGCUGAUAACACUUACCGAGACCUUGAUUAUUUAGGAUAUCACAAAAACCGAAUCUAGUAAUUGUCGCACCGUCGCAACGAACCUGAAUUGAUACUGUUAUUGGAAAUCAUGCAUUGCGCGCGCAACCUACAGAUUAGUGAGUUCUCUGCUAGCAGAUAACUAACUAAUCUGUAGGUUGCCCUGAUUUCCAAAAUUAGCCGUAGGCUUUUAGCCAAUGAGAAGAACAAUAAUGAGUACAAUGCAAAAUAAUGAGAGAAAUAUGUCAUCAGGAUACUGUCAAACCUCCUUUAAGUGACCACCAAAAUUAUGAAUAGUUAGCAGGGGCGUGGUGUGAGAUUUUGAAGGUGUACGAACGCGGGAAAAAAAGUUGUAACGCCGAAGGCGGCCCAACCUACGGGGAUCUGGAGGCAUGCUCCCCUACAAAGGUCUUGUAUCUAGGGUCUCGGAAAUGCCAUUAUUAGCGUUUUUCGCAGGACAUUUCCAGCAAAUUAAUACUCAGGAAAAUGUAGUAGUUAGUUGUUUAUUUUACUCAUCUCGAGUGCUGUCGGUAAUGUGCAUUGCUUACGCGAAAAAAAAGCCAGUGACGCAAUCAGAAUUAUGGAAUAAUGAAAGGAUAAAGGAGAUAUUAACACAAAGACACCAAUAUAGUGCGGAAAAUGUAUCAGUCAUCCUGAUUUAAUGACAAAAAAAUGCUUUUGCUGAAAAUAAAAAUAAAUCUGUUUUUCCACAUUUCAUUGGACAGAUCUAAAACCAACAUCCUGAAAAGUGGUCGCGGUCGCCUAUGAGAGUUAGCCGUUUACGCCAGGACCCAAUACUAGGGAUUGGUCUAGGAAGUUUUCAGUGCUGCGGACAAGUGGUUUCUUAUGGGAGGUGGUCGCACAUGGCAGUUCGACUAUAUUUUCAAGCGCUGA